GGCGUGUCCCCGCCGCCGCGCCGUACCGCCGCGGAGGCCGAGUCUUUGUUGGUCGGCGCGCUGGCCGGACUUUCAAACUCCCGGCUGGGGAGCGAGUGUUUGGGAAGCCUUGGGAACAAGGAGGGGAGAGUCCCUGAAUCACGAAACAAAGCAUCUUUCCUGCACAUAUAAACAAGGAGUUGGACACCUUAAGGAACCGGGCUGGCGAUGCAGUGGCUGGACGAGGAGCUCUCUCCUGGGAGCCAGCCCCUGGCCGGGAAGACCUUCUACCUGGACGGCCUGAAGAGCAAGCACGCCGCCCUGCUGGUGGAGGCCAUCGGACGACUGGGAGGGAAAGUCGAGAGCUUCCUCAGUAAGGAUGUCAGUUUCGUGCUGUCGGGCAGCAGGGAGGCGCGAGGGGACUGUGGCUCCCAGCCUGCAGCGGGAACGGCAGCGGCCUGCUCCAAGAACCCCGCACGCAGGAGAGAGGGGCGGGCGCGGGGCAGCCAGCGCUCUGUGGACAGCGUGGUCUGUGGCAGCCGAGGAAAGGUGUUACUGGGGAAGGUGAUCCGGAACAGUGAGGAGCACAGCGAGGGCAGCAGUGUGCUGGCCCAAGCCCGCUCAUGGGACAUCAAGAUUCUGCACGUCGACGACUUUUUGGCCUACGUUGAGCAGGGCCGUGCGGGGAGCUUUCAGUUCAGGAAGGGGAAGCCGGAGAAGACUGUGGCGCCAGGCCCUGCCGGCCGUGUCAUCAAAGCUGGAAGGCUCAAGCAGCCCUUUGUGAAAGUCGAGGACUCCAGCAGGUGCUACAGGCCUUUGUACCAGCAUUUCGUCAGCUUUCCUGAGCUGGACUUCACCCGACCUGACCGGUUCAGCCCCUUUGUUUCCCCACUGCCACCUGGGAAGGAGGAGGACUGUGAGCAGAACAGAGUCAAGAAUGAGAGCCGGGCCCUGACCAGCAGUGAGGGCCAGCGGAGGCCGGGCCCUGCGGUGGCCCCUGCAGUGGGGGCCCGCCAGCCGCAGCGGGGGUUCUGCGAGUGCUGCCAGCAGACCUUCCCGGGGCUGAGUGAGCACCUCCAGUCUGAGCAGCACAGGCUGUUUGCCCAGGACUCCUCUCACUACAGCGUGGUGGACAGGCUCAUCUCGCAGAUGCUUCCAGAGUUUGUGGAGAGUCAAGUCCAUCACAGUCAGCUGAUGAGGGUGGCUUCCCCCCCGGCAGGCUGCCUGGAGCCGCCCUGCGAGCUGACGCAGGGCAGCAGCGAGGCGGAGCGGCACCUGGAGGCCCUGCUGUCCCUGCCCGGUGCGCACUGGCCCGAGGACGGGCCCGGGGGGAGCCUGCUGCCAGCCUGCGGCGCUGGAGCCACUUCCCCGGCACCCGAGGCCGGCAGGGCCACUCCCACCGGCCCGCGCCUGCAGGCCGUGCAGCCCCGAGAGGCAGAGGCGCCGGAGGAAGACGAGCCGCAGCAGGGGGGAGCGAGAGAUUCCAGGCUCGGCGCAGAGCCGGAGCACUCGGACCCAGGAAAGCCAACCCUCUCUGUCAUCCCUUCUCCCCGAAACCUCCGGAAGCGCCAGAGGUCAGCCAGCACAAGCCCCAGGGCUAGGAAGAUCCGGAGAACCUCCCCGAUCCACGGAUCUGACCCCACCUUCCACUGCCCGUCCGCCGUUCAUCACGUGGACGACGAAGAGCGAUCCCCUCGUCUGCGCCUCUCGACACCGGCCGGCGAGGUCCUUUCCGGGCUCCAGCAGCAAGACCCUGCCUCAGCUAGUGGGCCGCAGGAUAUGGCGGCUUCUGCGGUGGAAAAGCGUGAACCAGCCAGGGCACCAGCUCAUGAAGACGGCAGCCCAUCGGGUGCCGUCCUAAAUGAGAAAAGCCAUGCCAGCUGUCGGGCUCCACUCUGUGAGUGUCAUGUUUGGUUCAGUCAGUCCCACAGUCCCUCGACGGAAAAGGGACAGAAUCCGGCUGUCCCACAGACGCUCCUGGGAUACGCGGGACAGGGUAUUUCUGCGUGUUUCGGGGCUGUUCACCCUAGGCUCCUUGAAGAACAGUGUCCUUCACCAUUUCUGCCCACUCGCUACCAGCCAGGCUCUCAGGACCUCGGCCCAGUGCCGAAGGAAAGGGAGGUCCUGACUGUGAGCCGGCAGCAGUGCGCCUCUCUUGGUUUCAGUGCCCUUGCCCUCCCCCCGUGCCCUGCAGACCCUCCCUCGUCCUGUCUCUCGAGGGCAGAGCAGGUGCUGGGCUCCUGCGUUCCCCACCUGCAGUCCUUCUCCUCCGAGUCAGACUGGGACUGCGGCCUGCUCUCCCAGCUGGGGGCCCCUCCAGCGGCGAGGGAACAGGGGGCGCUAGACCUGGAGGUGCUGCGGCUGACGUGCGCCGGGGUGCAGGACAGCGGGUACGAGGCGCGGCUGUGCUCUGUGCUGCUGUCCGCCGAGCUGGAGUGGGCUGCGGGCGCCGGCAGUGCCGCGGCGCGCUGUGGCAGCCAGACCGACCCGCUGGGCUGCAGAGCGCUGGAGGCCGGGCCUGUGUGACCUGCUGGCCCGGCGUCGCAGCGGGAGGGGUGAUCCAGGAGCUUGCUCUCGCCCGUUGGCCAGCUCUGUCAGUCCUCAGGGCCUCUGAGGGGUGUUUCAUCUCCUAGAAGCUCAUUCGCUCAAGGCUGCAGGGGUGGGAAUACAAAUCAGAAUUCUCACUGAUGCAGCCAACCAGCUUCUGUUGACAUCAUAAUGCCAAAUACUGAACUGUUAACAACUUAUUUAGAUAAUUGAGAUUUAUGGUAUUUUUUCAGAAUUUCAUAUUGUUCUAGACUCUUUCUUAUUCACCACUUGUAAAUGCAAGAUUCUUGCUCUUGUCUCAGGGAGAGGAAGUCUUUAUUUAUCCUGUUGCCCAGCAGGAAGGGUGCUCUCUUGAGUCCUGCUGUGGGUUUUCGGUCACAUAAGCUCCCUCUGCCUAGCAGGUAGGUGUGGGCGUGCUGGUUGCAAAACCAGAAUUAAAUUCCUCAAGAUCUUGACUCUGCUGCUCUUGCCCCAGACACCUGUGUUUAGGAGGGAUGAAACCUUGAUGUGAAGGGUGGCUACACAGUUCCCCAGGCAGUACCUUCUGCAGAAAGCUGGAGAAAUGGUUUCACUCCUAAACAGUUUCAGACUAGCAUUAGUGUGCUGCCUUUGUAUUCUCUUGAUAUUGGCUGAAUUGCCAGCUGAGGAAGUCCUCAGUUUUGCACUGGAUUAGUAUUGGCCGCACCAGGGAACAGCGGUGUGGUGAUGUGUGUUGGUGUAUACACAUCGUUGGAACAGCUCUAGCUUUUUUUUAUGUACUGAAGACUUUUAAAACUAAAGUGUUUUGUAUUUCAGGUAAUUUAAUUGUAUUUUGUGGUUU